AUGAUCUGUGUUGCUCAACCGUCGCAUGCAUGUGUGCAGUUCAUCACGUUCGGGUUCGCGUGCACGCCGCUCUACUUCGUGUGGGAGAAGCUGAUCGGCGUGCACGAGACCGGGAGCGUGGCGCUGCGCGCCGCCGCGCGUCUCCCCAUCGUGGUGCCCAUCUGGUUCCUGGCCAUCAUCUUCCCCUUCUUCGGCCCCAUCAACUCCACCGUGGGCUCCCUGCUGGUCAGCUUCACCGUGUACAUCAUCCCGGCGCUCGCGCACAUGGCCACCUUCGCGCCACCGGCCGCCAGGGAGAAUGCCGUGGAGCGGCCGCCGCGCGGGAUCGGCAGCUGGGCCGGGAUGUACGCCGCCAACUGCUUCGUCGUGGCGUGGGUGCUCGUCGUCGGCUUCGGGUUCGGCGGCUGGGCUAGCACCGUCAACUUCGUCCGCCAGGUCGACACCUUCGGGCUCUUCACCAGGACAGGAGGAAGAACCUGCAUGCAUACAUGGUCUGGUCCACCAUUCUGUCCUACAAAAAAGGUUGCUACUACUGUAGAAAGAUCAACUGGAACUGACAGUGUGUGGCUGCAUGUUGGAAAGCCCCAGUUCAGACUGCAGAGAAGGUUCAGGACUAAACAAGUGGUGCCUCUCAUGUGGUUGCAUGAUGGACUUUGGAGGCUGGGGUCCAUGCUUCGAAAUCUUGGAGAAUUGAUAUGA